CUUGCGGCUCCUUAUGGAUUCAACUCUUCAUCGAGUAGUUGUUCAUAAUAGUGAACAAAGUUUCCACCUUUUGUUUGCAAAACUUGAAAUUAACAAGUGUUGAAACUAAUCUUGAGAUAUGCCUUCAAUGGCUGCUAACAAUUUUUCAAGAAACACUCAUCAAAAUCAAACAAAAGGGGACUUUGUUUCCAGGAAGCAAAAGAUUGAGCAGCAGAGAAAAAAUUUACCAAUUGCUGCAGUUGAAAGGAGACUAGUGGAGGAGGUGCGAAACAAUGACACACUGAUAAUUGUUGGAGAAACUGGAAGUGGAAAGACAACUCAACUACCUCAGUAUCUUUUUAAAUGGGGAUUUUGCCGUGAUGGUGGUAUCAUUGGGAUAACUCAACCUAGACGUGUGGCUGCUAUCACUGUUGCUAAACGUGUUGCUGAGGAGUGUGGCAUUCCAUUGGGUCAAAAGGUUGGAUACGCUAUUAGGUUUGAAGAUGUAACUUCUGGCCAAACAAAGAUCAAAUAUAUGACAGAUGGUUUGCUUCUGAGGGAAGCAUUAUUGGAUCCAUACCUCUCCAAGUAUUCUGUUAUUAUUGUUGAUGAGGCGCACGAGCGGACUAUCCACACUGAUGUAUUGCUUGGAUUGUUAAAGAAUGUACAGAAAGCAAGGUCAAAAUCUAUCAACGGCGUGGUAAAUACUGAUCAUAAUAAUUCUAAUAAUGGGCAUGCCCUGGAGGAAAGGAUUGACAAUCAGAAUGACGGUAUUUUGAAGUCAUGUCAAGUGAAAAAGUACAACCCAUUGAAAUUGAUCAUCAUGUCAGCCAGUCUGGAUGCACGAGUUUUCUCAGAGUACUUUGGUGGUGCAAAGGCUGUUCAUGUUCAGGGACGGCAGUUUCCUGUCGAUAUAUUCUACACCCAUAAGCCUGAGACAGAUUGCAUAGAUGCUGCUUUGAUUACUAUAUUUCAGAUACAUCUAGAGGAGGGACCUGGUGAUGUGCUUGUAUUCCUUACUGGUCAAGAGGAGAUUGAAUCCGUUGAAAGGCUUAUCCAUGAACGUCUCCGACAAUUACCCGAAUGCAGUAGAAAGCUCUUAACUUUUCCCAUAUUCUCAUCACUUCCCUCUGAGAAGCAAAUGAGGGUUUUCAUGCCUUCACCAGCUGGACAUCGUAAGGUGAUACUAGCAACAAAUAUUGCUGAGACAUCGGUGACAAUACCUGGAAUCAGGUACGUUGUGGAUCCUGGACUGGUGAAAGCCCGAACAUAUGAUCCUAAGAUGGGAGUUGAUUCAUUGAUCAUUGUCACAACAUCUAAAGCUCAAGCUCUGCAGAGGAGUGGACGUGCAGGACGUGAUGGACCUGGGAAAUGCUAUCGUUUGUAUCAAGAAAGUUUCUUUGAGAAACUUACAGAUUCUACAUUACCCGAGAUUAAGAGAUGUGACCUCUCGAAUGUUGUAUUGCAGCUCAAGGCUCUAGGCAUUGAUGAUGUCAUCAACUUUGACUUCAUUGAAAAACCAGACAGGACUGCUGUAGUCAACUCAUUGUGGUCUCUUUACUUGUUGGGUGCUGUAACAGAAGAUAAUAAACUUUCGGAUGUUGGACGUCAAAUGGCCAGGCUACCCCUUGAUCCAGUCUAUUCUAAGGCUCUCAUUGUUGCUAGCCAAUUUGGCUGCUUGAAAGAAAUGUUGAUCUGUGUUGCAAUGCUUUCAGUGGAAUCUAUUUUCUAUGCACCACGUGAAAAGUUGGAAGAGUCACGAAACUCAUUGAAAAGCUUUGCAAGUCCAGAGGGGGAUCAUCUGACAUUGCUUAAUGUAUACCGCGCUGCUGAUGAGUUCUUUCAAAAGAACAAGAUGGUACACAGUGAAGAAAAAGCUGAAAAGAAUCUUAGAAAAUGGUGCAAGGAUAAUUAUAUUAACAGUCGCUCUCUAAAACAUGCUCGUGAUAUCCACAGUCAAAUUGUGAGGAAUGUUGAACAAAUGGGUCUUUGCGUCACUUCUUGUGAAGAUGAUACGCUUCUCCUCCGCAGAUGCCUUGCUGCCUCGUUUUUUCUUAAAGCAGCUAUGAAGCAGCCUGAUGGUGCAUACAGGGUGACGUUAAGUGGUUUGAUUGUGCAAAUACACCCGUCUUCUGUCCUGUUCCGAGCCAAGCCAGAGUGUAUAGUUUUCAAUGAACUGGUUCAUACUAACCAUAGUUAUGUCCGUAAUGUCUCUAGAAUCGAUUACUUGUGGCUCAUUGAGCUGGCACCUCACUUGUAUGCCGUGCAAGACUAAAUGUGUUUCACUUGCCAUAGUUAUUAUUAGUAUCAUUUAUAUUGGUGAGAGAUCCUCUCCUUCAACAACACCUCCACAAGUGGGGUUUAGAGAGGGUGGGAUGCACGUAGACCUUACCCCUUACCUUUGGUGUGUGUAGUGGUAAAGAGGUUGUUUCCGACCCUUGGCUCGAAAGGAAUGUCAUCAAUUUUGCUUUUUGUGGUUUUAACAAUUUCUC